AUUCGUGGUUGCUCGCCGAAACGAUCGUCGAAGGUCGGUGACGUUCGUGUGACUCCGACGAUACGACGCCGGCGCUAUGUAACCUGCUUGACGUAGCAAGAUGGCGGCGGCGUGUCGGAGGCGUCUCCGUCCGCACAGUGCUCGACGUCGAGCAGUCCGCGUACGUUCGUAACAACGUUUCACCGCAUUAAUGUGGUAGUGCACCCGGAGCAUCGCACACGUCCGUGGUAACGGUUCAAUCUCGUGUUUCAUAUCGUAAUAUCAUCAAUAAUUAGAGAAACAACGUGCGACGACGAGACGUCGCGAACAGUGCUAGCACGACGAAAACAUAGAGAGAGCAGUGUGAACUCAAUUGGUCCCGUUCGCAAUAAUUCUUGUUAAUUUUGCUCGUGGUGCGUGCUAUUCAUCCCCUCCAUAUCCUUUACAUUUCCUCUUCCCUUUUUCCCUCCGUUUCUCCCUCUCUCUCUCUUUUCUCUUUUCCUCUUGUUUUACGUCCCUCUUGUUUCUUCUCACCUUCUGUUCACCGAUUCCUUGCGAAAUUCUACUUUCAUACGCAUAUACAUACAUACAUACAUACAUAUAUAUAUAUAUACACACGAGCGUAUAUCUGGUUUCUUUGGUUUCCGAUCCGUGUUCCCUCUAUCCGUCCCGUUUUCCUCUGUGAUCGUUGUGAAAUGCCCGUGGUAACCGGUCGUGCCUCUCGACGACAAGGAGGACGUGACGCUUGUCGUUGGUCUACGGUUCCUUGACGAGCACGGUAUACGUGCAAACCGGCGCAUGCACUGCAGCCCUUGCUACUAUGAUAAUAACGAGAAAGGUGGCACGGUGGGCGCUCCUCCUGAAGCGAGAGGCGCUCGGCCGAACCUACGGUGCACAAAAGCGGUUCGAGCAAGCACCCCGCGGUGCCACGGCGAUGCUGCCUCAUUCCGGCCGGGUGGUAGAUGACAACAUCGACACCGACACCGACACCGACACCGACACCGUGGCCACCGACCUGCACAGGACCAGCAGCUGCGUCGCGUUGGCGCUGCCGUUGCCGUUCCCGUACUACGAAUACUACUACUAUCCUCGUGCUGUGAUCGCCGCCUCCUUGUUAAACUCAGAUCGCCGCACGCUCACCGACAAACACGAGGACAACUACUUGCUAUCGUUACUCGCAAGAAUCGACGAACCGCCAGUACCAAAGUGCUUCGACUUAUUGUUAGUAGCAUCGACCAAAAUCCAGUCAAAGGAGCUGAACGAGCAACAGGACGAACAGGAGGAAUACGGUGAACAGGAAACGGGAAACGUGGCCAGUCCGACAAACGACGAGGAAGUAAGAGUGCUCGCGAACGUGAACAGUAACCGCCUUAACCGCCAGAACGGGCGAGCACGAUUUUCCGCGUGACCAACAG